CAUUGGCUGUGCUAUUUCAAAAAAAGGAAAUGAUGUCAAUUGAGAUAAGCAGGGUGAUUUUAGGUGACAAAGACUCUCAAGAGGGUUUCAAGUGCUUUGGAGGUUCUUCCGUUACGUGCUUUAUGCUUUGUAACUUAAAAGUUUGGUGAAAGGAAUAUUACAAGACGAAGCAUGGCACUUUUUGGUACUUACUACACCUUGCUCAUCCUUGCUGGUAUCCUGACUGUCGUAACUAGGAGUGAAAAUGCAACUACUUCUGAAACCAGUUCCACUUCUGAUUUCCAAACUGUUACAACCAUCGACAUGGUCAGUACCAGAUCUGAGAUUGUUUCCUCUCAGACUCCUGACACAGGAUAUAAUACUUCGGAAGAGAAUACCAGCCCCAGCCCCAGUAACAGUACCAUCUCCAUGCCAAAUACCAACCCCACCUCAACCCCCAGCCCCAGUAACAUCCCCACCUCAACCCCCAGCUCCAAUGGCAGUAACACCACCAACCGCUCGUAUAAUCCUGAUGACAAAGUGAAAGAAUCAACAAAUCUAAGCCCAACCAUUCAUAAGAUAAUAACAAGUAGAACAACUGUUCCUGCUUUGAUGUCAACAAGUAGCAAAACUACGGAACCUUUGCCUGCCGGAUCUUCUAUCAGUGUUACCCACAUUGUAACUAUCAGCGGCGUCAUUAUAAUGAUUUUCAUCAUAAUAAUUAGUCUCUGCUGCUUCCAUAAAUGCCGACAAAGAGCUUCCUUCAACCUGCACACACAGGGAUAUGGAGAUGCCGACAUUCCCUUAAAUUGUCCAGUCCCCACAGGAGCUUUUGAACCUAUUGAAGACCAAAAAGAGAAAAAGGGUGAUGAGCAAGUGCUUGAAGACAAGGCCACUAAUGAUAAAGCUUCAGUGACCAAUUCCUGUUUGACGGAAGAAAAUGAGAAGCAGAACAACUGUGGGACUGAAAAGAACCACAACUCUGCGAGCUCUGCCAAGGAAAAUGGAGACAACAUGAUUGACUGGAACCUUCAAGAAAACAUUUUCUCUUCGCUCCCUCAGGACGCUAACUUCUCUGACAUUGACUUCGAUGACUGCAGCUCUGUGUGACCGACCCUAUGCGAUUCUGCUCAGGAUGCUCCUCCGAGAGGGAUAAACAUCUGCUGAAGAAGACUGCCAUCAAGUUUCAUAAAGCGAUAUGAAGUUUGAUUCCUCUCUUAUUCAGUCCAAUGGGAAAAGGAGUUAAUCGUUGUUGAGCCCGAUUGCUGCAUCCUGCUAAAAGAACCCGAGAUUACCUGGAAUACCUUUCACUUCCAUCUUGCCAUAGCAAGGGUUGAUCUGGCUCUCUGAAUUUUCAAUCUCUAAAACUGCUGUAGGUUAAGGAUGCUUUUUGUUUCAUGUCGAGGGACUAAUACCUGAGAUUGGGGAUUGGUAUCGACUCUUUUUCAGAUGCUUAAACUAUUAAUUUAUCCCACUCGGUACGCCCUUUAACAAUCUUUACAUUUGGUAUAGCGCCUUUCACGGUGCUUCAUACAUAUUGUAAUAAACUGUAGUCAUCAUGUGUUUUGUGGGAGAACGUUUUGUAUUAGUCCAUAGAUUACUUGAAACGUGUAAACGUGAAAGAGCAAUUGAAGUGAGGAGCAACAACAAAUUACACUUAUGUACCGUCUUUCACGUUGGAAGGAUAU